AUGGAUUACGUUCGUCCUCGAUCCGGCUUUCAGCCCUGUGACACCUUCUUCAUUGAAGAUGACUAUCGGGUGCGGGCCGAGAAGCAGGCCAAACAGGAGCACGACAAGCUCGUUGCUCGUGAGCGGCAAUAUGCCAUCGCGGACCAGCUGUCCAGGAUCACCAGCGAGGAGCUCCGAGACGACGUCCUGAGCCACAUGAUGGAGAUGGAUGGUCAAACACUCCCUGAUGUGGAAUCGAUUGAUAUUCAGACCGAAAUUCAGUGGUUUAUGCGUCCUUACCUCCUUGACUUCCUGAUCGAGGCCCACACCGCCUUCCAGCUGCUCCCGUCUACGCUGUUCCUGGCCAUCAACCUGUUGGACCGAUACUGCUCCAAGCGGGUUGUGUACAAACGUCACUACCAGCUGGUGGGCUGUGCGGCUCUCCUCAUCGCCGCGAAGUACAAUGACAAGAAGGAUCGUGUACCCACUGUCAAGGAACUGAAGUCAAUGUGCUGCUCUCUGUACGAUGACGACAUGUUUAUCCAGAUGGAGUGGCACGUUCUGCAGACUCUCGGAUGGACCAUCGGCCACCCCACUGUCGACAGUUUCCUGCAGAUUGCCGUCCUGGAUGAGCCCUACGACCGUGAGGUGGAGCACAUGGCUCUCUACAUCCUGGAGAUCGCCCUGUUCCACCGAGACUUUGUCUCGAAGCAGUCGUCAGAGCUCGCUCGGGCCGCUCUGGCACUUGCUCGCUGCAUCCUCAACCGCCCCCAGCCCCGGCACAACGACUGGGCUGCCCAGUAUGGCUCAUCGACUCUUGUUGGUCUCUCCCAACAGCUUCACCAGCCGUCCACUGUGGUUGCCCGGAAGUAUGCUUCGGCGCACUACUCACGGGUUUCGAAGAUCUUGGAGCACUUCCUCAACCGCCAGGCUUCCAUGGCCAGCUAUGCUCGUUGCACCCCUCCGGUCGAGACUCCUGUGGAGUCCAAGCCUUACAAUGGGGAGCUAGGCCUCGCUACUCCUCAGAAGUCUCAGCAGUUGACUGCCAUUCCUCACGGGUAUAUGACACCGCCCAUUACUCCCGAGAGUGGUGCCUUCGCUGCUCAGGCGCAAAUGGCUGCCAACCAGGAUCUUGGCCGAGUGGUCUCCUCCACUGUCACUGGCUGCUCACCGUCGCCCGCGCCCGAGGCUGAGAUGCAAUAUAUGAGCACUGAUGCUUACCAGCAUCAAGAGGCCAUGUACAUGUCUCAACAGCAAUUGCACCAGUUCCCGGCCCAAUCUCAGAUGGUUCUGGAUCCGACCUAUGCUGGCGGGAUGUAG